AUGACCUCCAUACCUUAUCGCCGCCCAUCUCGCCAGGCGUCUCGCCAAGCCUCGCAGGACCCGCGGAACGAGAUUCUAGUCCAUAUGAAUCACUAUAUUGGUAUUGACGUCGGCACUGGCAGUGCUCGUGCCUGCAUCAUUGAUGAGAAAGGUGAUAUUGUUGGAUUGGCCUCUGAGAACAUUGGCUUGUGGCAGCCGCAGACUGGAUACUAUGAACAAUCCACAAGUGAUAUCUGGCGCUGUAUCUGCAUUUCUGUCCAGCGUGCCAUCAGCCAACACAAUAUCGACCCCUCCACCGUGAAAGGAAUUGGAUUUGAUGCCACUUGCUCGCUUGCCGUGUUCUCUUCAGAAACUGAUGAACCUGUCUCCGUCACUGGCCCUCAUUUUGACACCGAUCGCAAUGUGAUACUGUGGCUCGAUCAUCGCCCUGUUGAUGAGACGGAGAAGAUUAAUUCAACCAAUCACAACUUACUCCGUUACGUGGGCGGCAAGAUGUCCAUCGAGAUGGAAAUCCCCAAGGUUUUGUGGCUCAAGAACAACAUGCCCAAGGAGGUGUUCGAUGAUUGCAAGUUCUACGAUUUGGCUGAUGCCCUAACCCACAUUGCAACUGGUAACGAGAAACGGAGCUUCUGCAGUGUUGUUUGUAAACAAGCAUACGUCCCAGUCGGUGUUGAUGGAAGCGUCAAAGGCUGGCAGGAAGACUUUCUUGAAGAGAUUGGCUUGAAAGAUUUAGUGGACGACGGAUUCAAGCGAAUGGGCGGUGUCGACGGGGUGAAUGGCGACUACCUCAGUGCUGGCGAAUUAGUGGGCACCCUCUGCGAGAAAGCAGCUUCUGAGCUUGGACUACCCGCUGGAAUCGCUAUCGGAAGCGGCGUCAUUGAUGCAUAUGCAGGCUGGAUCGGUACUGUGGGCGCCAAGGUUCAGCUGGCUCCUGAUCAGCUCAGCAGCGAGGUUGCCAAAAACGACAAGUCUCAGGCAUUUACACGAUUGGCCGCUGUCGCUGGAACAUCGACUUGCCAUCUUGCCAUGUCACCAGGCCCGGUCUUUGUACCAGGAGUGUGGGGUCCCUACCGUGACACCAUCUUGCCUGGAUAUUGGAUGGCCGAGGGAGGCCAAUCUGCAACGGGAGAGCUCUUGAAACAUGUCAUUGAGACCCAUCCCGCUUUCAACCAAGCUACCUCAGUCGCCGAGUCAUACCACACCAACAUCUAUGACUACCUGAACGAGCAUCUCAAGGAGAUGGCCUUAGAGCAGCAGGCGCCGACCAUCUCUUAUCUGGGACGCCACUUCUUCUUUUACGGUGACCUCUGGGGCAAUCGCUCUCCGAUUGCUGAUCCAAACAUGAAAGGUUCUGCCAUUGGUCUCUCCAGCGACAAGUCUGUUGAUGGCUUGGCUCUUUACUAUUAUGCAACGCUCGAAUUCAUCGCCCUGCAAACUAAGCAGAUUGUCAAGACAAUGAACGAUGCCGGCCAUGAAAUCACCUCGAUCUUUAUGUCUGGCUCCCAAUGUCAGAACGAUAUCCUCGUCAAGCUCAUUGCAUCUGCCUGUGAGAUGCCCGUGCUCAUCCCGCGCUACGUCCAUGCUGCUGUUUGUCACGGCGCAGCGAUGUUGGGUGCCAAGGCUGCCAGUGCUGAUAGCCAGGGGAAAACCGAGGAUCUCUGGGACAUUAUGGAUCGUAUGAGCAAGCCUGGAAAGAAGAUCGUCCCCUCAGAAAACAAGAAGGAGCUUGCUCUUCUCAAGGUCAAGUACGAUGUUUUCUUGGAGCAAUGCUACAACCAACAAAAAUAUCGAUCGCUAGUAGAUCAAGCUGUGGGUACAUGGUAA